UACAACACAGACAUCAGACCCGUGCUGGACCAGUCCAAGAUGAUGGAGGUCCGUGUCACCUUCUCUCUGGUUUCAAUCGUCGAGAUCAAUGAUGUGGAACAAAGCUUUCUGAUCAACGGCUUCCUUAGCUUCACGUGGACGGAUGAGGUGAGUAACUGUGUAUCUUAAAGUUAUUUUUAAAAGCAAUUUGUAAUAUUAUUUUUUUGUUAAAUAUUAAAAAAAAAAAAAUGCACGUAUACCGUAUUCUUGUCAGUAGCUGUGAAUGUGUGUGACACUUACUUCAGGCACAAUAACACUAUUUUAAUAAUUCAUUUUUAAUUAAUUCACUUUUCAAGAUGUUCAUACUUGUCAUGUUCAACAACGACUAAACAAAUAAUUAAAAAUAUAUAUAUAUAUAUAAUUUUAAAAAAAAGUUUUUAUUUUGAGAUUCUUUCAUGUUUCCGUAGCGAAAAUCACACAUAUAUAUUUUUUUUUUUAAAUUCUCGACAUGUUCGAUAUUACCCCAGAUAGUGGCCUGGAACCCCAAUGACUACGGGGGUCAGGUGGUCAUCUAUCCAAUACCAGAAAAAAUCUGGCGCCCUCGAAUUAUCCUGAUGAACACAUUGGCUGACAGAGAUCUCUUUGAUGACGACAAAGCGUAAGUUUUCUUGACCUAUAAACAGGAGAUGUAUUAAACGAAAUAGCAAAUUAAUAAAAAAAUAAAAAUAACUGAAAUAGUCUCCUCUAAUGUAAUCCAAUUAUACAAAUAUGACUUGAUUUAUAUUUUUAAAAAAAAAUAUCUAUCACCGAAACCCUCUGUUUACUGUUGCUUAAAAUCAACAUGAAAUUAGUCUGACUAGAGGAAGGGUUUGUCUGUGUUGCCAUGGAUGAACUUCGUUGUCAUUGCUGUCUUAUGUCUUAUGCUCUUAUGUCUUAUGUCUUAUAUAAAACAACAAUGUAACAGCAUAUUUACAUUAUACAGUAAGUGAGUUGAGUCCUUCGUGCAGCUUUCAAACAUAACGCAUACAUUUAAAAAAAACAAAAAACUGUCAUGCGCAAAGGUAUAAAGGGUUCUCUAUCCUCGGGGUACUUCUGACCACUAUAACACGUCCACGAAAAUAGUCCACACACCGGUUAUUCGGAAUGGUGUAACCUCUGUUGUCUGUCCGUGAGUCUGUCUACCAUAACAGCUAUGAGAUGCUAAUAAUCAAACACGAAACAGCCCUAAUGUUUUUAUUAUUGAUUUGAUCUCAUGCUUUAAUUUUGGGACUGGUGGUGGAAAUCGAUUAGCAACAGACAGUGUUAGGAGGGACUCGUAUCAUGGUAGGGGUAUUACAAAAAUAUAACUAAUCCAGACAAAGCCGCCAAAGUGACCCUGCGGAAAUUAUGGAUACAUUAUAAAUAACAAAGACAUUUCUUUUAAAACAAAAGCCAUUAUUUCUUUUGAUUUUCUUCUUUUUAUAAAUAAACCUCUGUCAAUUUUUUAAUUUGAGACAAUUUUUUUUGUAACACAGACCAACUGUUAUGUUAUCCAAUGGUGAAACUGGUUGGGUACCCGGAAGUCUGUUCCCUACUUCCUGUGAACUCAAUUUAACCAAUUAUCCGUUUGACCGUCAAACCUGUAUCAUAGAGGUGAGGAAAUAUACAUCUUAAGUCGAUUAGAGAAUAGAUUAUUAUCUACUCAAGUCUAUUAGAGAGUAGUUUAUUAUCUACACAACAAAAUUAUCGCUCUAUUGAUUAUUUUAUGAAUAAAUAUCGUUUAAAAAUUUUUGCUGCAAAAAUAAUAAUAAUAAAAAAAUGAUUUCAUACAUUUUCGCAGUUGCCUGUUAUAUUUAUCAAAUUAUAUUACAGUAAUAUCAAACUCACAUCGUCAAAAUUGAAAAUCAAAGUAAAGAGUAAUAUACUUUUCUGUUUCACAGCUCUCAUGUUGAUAUUUACAUUAUCCCAUGUUAUGAUCGUUCUGGGUAUAUUACGAUAGCUUUGAACUUAAAUUAAGAUUGAGAUCAUAUUUCAUACUUGCAGGUCAGUGGUCAUGAAGGCCUUUACUUGUUACGUCACCCAAAUACUCCCCCCCCCCCAAUCUGAUUAGCAUUGAUGGGGAUAUUUUAUUACUCAGAGUGUCUCCCUUACCAUGACGUGUUGUUACUGGUCUGAUACGUCGCUUUGGCCGAGCUAGUUGUUCAGACAUGGUAAUUACGAUAGCUUUGAACUUAAAUUAAGAUUGAGAUCAUAUUUCAUUCUUGCAGGUCAGUGGUCAUGAAGGCCUUUACUUGUUACGUCACCCAAAUACUCCCCCCCCCCCCAAUCUGAUUAGCAUUGAUGGGGAUAUUUUAUUACUCAGAGUGUCUCCCUUACCAUGACGUGUUGUUACUGGUCUGAUACGUCGCUUUGGCCGAGCUAGUUGUUCAGACAUGGUUCAGUGACCACGGACGAAUUCGAAUCCAUGCACUUCAUUUUAGGGUUAGGCAGAAAGUGUUAGAGAGUUGCAUCAGGCUUUCCAAAGUUGUAUGUGAAAUAUUUUUAAAAAAAAAUAAUUGUUGUACACAUCUUUCAUCUACAGCUAGUGGCUAUGAGAUAUAUCACUGAGCAUCUGCAGUUUGUCGCAGCCUUUCCCAACAUUGAACUAAAUUAUUUCAUCACUAACGGGGAAUGGGAACUACAAUCGACAGAGCUGAUCAUCAGAAACUUUAGUACAGGCGAAAAUUCAGCUCUCUCUUGUGUUCAGGUAUUCUGGAACUAGAAUAUUUUAUUUGCUUUUGGUGUCGAAAGAUUUUCUUGAUUUGAAGACGCUCCACAUAACAUCGUAUUUAAAUGUAUACAAAAUAAUUAUCUACUCCAAAUUUUCUUGCAGAUUAUUCGUUUAAAAUGCCGUUUGACCAAAUUGGAUUUCUCAUAUUGGUUAAAUGUGUAUAUGAAAAUGAAUGUGACAGCUUCCAAACGUUCCUACUUAUAUUAAGACAUUUUUAGUAUUAUUUAAAUUUAUAUUUUGGUGUGUUUUAAAAAAAAAAAAUAAUAAUUCUUCUUUCCAACAAGAGAAUGAAUUCAUUUUUUCCCAGCCAACUUUGAUGAUGUAAAAUUUACCUUUAUUCAAUUAAAAAAAAAAAAUUAAAAAAAUAUAUUUUUUUCAGAUGAAAUUUUUCCUAAAAAGGCGACCAGCUUUUCUUAUACUCAACAUUAUUUUACCAGUUGUCUUCCUUUCAUUUCUCAACAUUCUCGUCUUUGUCAUUCCAGUGGAGUCAGGGGAGAAGAUCGGUUACGGUAAGUUAUGGUUUUGUUGACAUCAAAUAUUUAAAUAUCCAGAACCUUGAUUUGCCAAGAAGUAUUAGUAACCUGAACCUUGAUUUGCCAAUAAGUAUUAGUAACCAGAACCUUGAUUUGCCAAGAAGUAUUAGUAACCUGAACAUUGAUUUGCCAAGAAGUAUUAGUAACCUGAACCUUGAUUUGCCAAGAAGUAUUAGUAACCUGAACCUUGAUUUGCCAAGAAGUAUUAGUAACCUGAACCUUGAUUUGCCAAGAAGUAUUAGUAACCUGAACCUUGAUUUGCCAAGAAGUAUUAGUAACCUGAACCUUGAUUUGCCAAUAAGUAUUAGUAACCAGAACCUUGAUUUGCCAAGAAGUAUUAGUAACCUGAACAUUGAUUUGCCAAGAAGUAUUAGUAACCUGAACCUUGAUUUGCCAAGAAGUAUUAGUAACCUGAACCUUGAUUUGCCAAGAAGUAUUAGUAACCCAAGAAAUCAUUUUAUGACGGAUAUAAAAUGAUUGUCCAAGUAUCCAGUUAGUUUCUUAUAUCAGUCGCUUUUAGACCCAUCAGUCGUCAGGUUUCUAUGGCAGGUUUCUGUGGGGAGUAUCCGUGGAAGGUGUCUGUGGGAGUGUUUGUGGGAGGUGUCUGUGGGAGGUGUCUGUGGGCGGUGCCCGUGGAAGGUGUCUGUGGGAGUUGUCUGUGGGAGGUGCCCAUGGAAGGUGUCUGUGGAGUUGUCUGUGGGAGGUCUCUGUUGGAUGUGUCUGUGGGAGGUGUCUGUGGGAGGUGCCCGUGGAAGGUGUCUGUGGGAGGUGUCUGUGGGAGGUGUCUGUGGGAGGUGUCUGUGGGAGGUUCCGUGGAAGGUGUCUGUGGGAGUUGUCUGUGGGAGGUGUCUGUGGGAGGUGUCUGUGGGAGAUGUAUGUGGUAGGUGCCUGUGGGAGGUGUCUCUGGAAAGUGUAUGUGGUAGGUGCCUGUGGGAGGUGUCUCUGGAAAGUGUCUGUGAGAGGUGUCUUUGGGAGGUGCCUAUGGGAGGUUCCUGUGGGAGAUGUCUGUGGGAGGUGUCAGUGGGAGGUGUCUUUGGGACGUUCCUGUGGGAGGUGUCUGUGGGAGGUGUCCGUGCAAGGUGUCUAUGGGAGGUUCUGUGGGAGGUGUCUGUGGGAGGUUCUGUGGUAGAUGCUUGUGGAAGGUGUCUAUGGAAGUGCCUGUGGGAGGUGUCUGAAAGAAACUACACCAUCAUCUCACAAAGAUGGACAUGUGCUAACGAUUUUAACUGGAUAACGCUGGAUAAAACUUUUUUAAUUCCAAUGCGUUGUCACAGAGCUGUUCUGACCAAUGUCUGUUCUAAACUGGAUUUUUGUGACAACUUUGGCUAUAUUGCUGUCAUAGAAAAUGUAUCAUGUAAUCGAAAAAAAAUAUAUUUCCAUUAAUUUGGAUCAAUAAAAGAAUCUUAUCUUAUCUUAUCUUAGUCAUAUUUGGUGGUUAGUACAGCGUCAGUAACAUCGAAUAAUCAGUGGAAAAAACCACUCUAAUGUAUGACAUGGGCAUAGACUAAUAGGCCUGAGACAUAUUUAUUAACACCCUCUUAUACUGUGUUACUUAUUUACUUGCCAAAUUUAGCAAAUUCUAUUUUGCGUUGCCCAAACGAUAUGGGAAUCAAACCUUCAUUUAGAAGUUACGGUUCGUUUCGGUCUUCAGCAGUGUUCGGUUCGGAUCUUUCAGUUCAGUUUAAAAUAACAUAACGUUUUAAUGUCAUUUUACAUGUAUUCGUAUUCAAACUUGACUCUACUCUCAUGUACAUCCUCAUUACCAACUAUUUACUGUCACCCAACUCCAGGAAUUACUGUCCUACUGGCGCUGUCCGUGUUUAUGAGCAUUGUCAGCGGCAUGCUGCCCAGGUCAUCCUUAAACAUGCCCAAUGUCACCAUCUACCUAUUCUUCCUACUCUUCUUGUCCAUGUUGACGGUCAUCGACAGUAUCAUCAUCGUCUACUUGCAUCAUAAGGAGGGGGUAAGUUAA